UUCUCUUCCUGUCUCCUGAUACAAAUCCGUAUAACAAUGGCGCAACAUAUCCUGAAUCAGCGUCCAAUCUCAAGACGUCCUAUCUCUCGCCUUUGUCGCCAUGGUUUCUUUCUCCUCCCUCUCGCUCUACUUGUUCUCCUAGGUGUAGUCUUACCUUGGUUAGGAUCUCCCUUAUCAUACAAUACCUCCUCUUCUCCUUCUUUUCCUCCCUCACUCUCCUAUUGGCGCGAAUAUUCCUUGACUCAAGCCACCAAAUUUGUCGCUAAGAAUGAGUCGACGGUGAUCGUCUGCACUGUAAGCUAUCCUUUCUUGCCUUUUCUCAACAACUGGUUGAUUAGUGUUUCUAGACAGAAUCAUCAAGAAAAUGUUCUUGUGAUCGCUGAAGAUUACGCUACUUUGUACAAAGUCAACGAGAAAUGGCCUGGUCAUGCCGUUCUCAUCCCUCCAGCGUUGGGUUCUCAAACCGCACAACAUUUCGGUUCCAAGGGUUUCUUCAAGUUUACAUCUCGGAGGCCCCAACAUCUCUUGGACAUUUUGGAGCUAGGUUACAAUGUAAUGUACAACGAUGUUGAUAUGGUUUGGCUGCAAGAUCCAUUUCAGUAUUUAGAUGGAAGCCACGACGCAUACUUCAUGGAUGAUUUGACUGAAAUUAAGCCUUUGAAUCACUCCCACGAUUUACCACCUCCAAAUCGAAAAGGAGCCACUUAUAUAUGUAGCUGCAUGAUUUUCUUGCGUCCCACCAAUGGUGCAAAGCUUCUAAUGAAUAAAUGGAUCGAGGAACUUGGUUCCCUAUUUUGGGCUAAACCUAAAGAAGGAAAUGAUCAACCUGCUUUUAAUUGGGCACUUAACAAAACAGCUCAUGAGGUAGAUAUUUACUUACUUCCGCAAACAGCUUUUCCUUCAGGGGGAUUGUACUUCACGAACGAGACAUGGGUUAAAGAGACAAAAGGGAAACAUGCCAUGGUCCACAAUAACUACAUUAUCGGUUACGAUGAAAAAUUGAAACGUUUCCGCGAUUUUGGUCUAUGGCUAGUCGAUGAUCAUGCUCUUGAGUCGCCAUUAGGAAAAUUAUAA